AUGAUUCCUGUACACAAAUCUGGCAGUUUAAACAAUGUGGUAAACUAUCGAGGGAUUUCAAUUCUCUGCUGUCUGGGAAAGGUUCUCGAAUCACUAGUGCAUAAGGUCGUGCUGAAUGCAGCGAAACCGAUUAUCUCUGAGUAUCAGCACGGAUUCAUACCACACCGGUCUACUACAACCAACUUACUGUUCCGUGAGAUAGAACGUCGCAACCAGGUGGACUCUAUUUACAUCGACUUUUCGAAAGCGUUCGACACCGUCCCGCAUGCCUAUGCCACAGAAAAACUGAAACACAUGGGAUUUCCAGAUUGGAUUGCGGACUGGAUAAGGUCAUAUCUAACGGGUCGAAAGGCAUUUGUGCAAUUUGAACUGAAUGAUGAGGAGAAGAUGGUGGAGGAGGAGGAGGAGGAUAUAAAACUGCGAAUCAACCUGCUCGACUGA